AUGGCCGCGGCUCCUCCGACUCUGUGGGGCCGGCUCGGGGUGCGCGCGGCGCUCAGCACCCGCUGCGGCUCCGGGGGGCCCGGCGCGGGGGGCGGGGGACCCGGUGCGGGGGGAGGUGAGCCCCAAGGCCUCCGCCGCCACCUCAGCGCCGCCGAGCAGCCGCAGCGGGCGGCCCCCCCGCCCCCCAGCGCCCGCUUGGACAAUAAGAGCUUCCUAUGGGCGCGCUACAACGAGAUGAAGCGCCUGGUGCAGGAUCUGCUCCCCCCCGGUGUGUGUAACCUCCUGAACCCUUCCACCAUCUACGCCAACAAUGAAGUGUGCCUGGCUGACAUUGAGAUCUAUGGUUUUGACUAUGACUACACUCUGGCUCUGUACUCCAACUCCCUCCAUUCCAUGAUUUACAACACUGCCAGGGACAUCUUGGUGGAACAGUAUAAGUAUCCAGAAGGGAUCCGCAAAUAUGACUACCUACCAAACUUUGCCAUCCGAGGAUUGCACUAUGACAUUCCCAAGGGCUUACUGAUGAAGAUCGAUGCCUUCCAUUACAUCCAGCUGGGCACCGUAUACAGGGGCCUCAAGCCAGUCCCAGAUGAAGAAGUGACUGAGUUGUAUCAAGGCACACAUCAUAUCCCCCUCCACCAGGUUAGCGGAUUCUAUGGCAAGGGACCAGCAGUGAAGCAAUUCAUGGACAUCUUUUCCCUUCCUGAGAUGACCCUCCUUGCAGUGGCCAACGACUUCUUCAUUUCCAAUGAUAUUGAUUAUGAUCCCAUCCACCUUUAUAAGGAUGUCACGGAUGCCAUCAGAGAUGUGCACAUCAAAGGCCUUAUGUACAAAUGGAUCCUCCAAGACUUGGAAAAGUACAUCCUUCGGGGUGAAGAGACCUAUGCUGUCCUGCGCCGUCUGGUGGACAACGGCAAGAAACUGUUUCUCAUCACCAACAGCCCCUUCAGCUUUGUUGACAAAGGCAUGAAGUACAUGGUGGGCAAGGAGUGGAGGGAUUUCUUCGAUAUAGUCAUUGUGCAGGCGGAUAAGCCACAUUUCUUUAAUGAUGGCAUCAAACCUUUCCGACGAUUGGACGAGAAUGGAGACCUUCAGUGGGAUAAGAUCAUCAAGCUAGAAAAGGGUCAGGUAUACAAGCAGGGGAACCUGUUUGAUUUUCUGCGGCUGACUGGUUGGCGAGGAUCCAAAGUCUUCUACUUUGGUGACCAUCUCUACAGUGAUCUGGCAGACCUAAUGCUUCGUCAUGGCUGGCGUACUGGGGCCAUUGUUCCAGAGCUGGAGACUGAAACCAAGAUUGUCAACACAGAGCAGUAUUCUCAGUCACUGACAUGGCUACAGGCCCUCACUGGCCUACUGGAACGUAUGCAGAUGUUUCGAGAUGCUGAGUCCCAGCAGGUGCUCCAAGACUGGAUGAAGGAGAGACAGGAGAUGAGGGCUGUCACCAAGAAUUUGUUCAACCCUCAGUUUGGCAGCAUCUUUCGAACCUGCCACAACCCCACCUACUUCUCUCGCCGGCUGUGCCGCUUCUCAGACCUUUACAUGGCUUCCAUCAGCUGCCUGCUCAAUUAUGACCUUCGCUAUACCUUCUUUCCUCGCCGCACUCCUCUGCAGCAUGAGGCCCCCCUCUGGAUGGACCAGCUCUGCACAGGCUGCAUGAAAACCCCCUUUCUGGAGGAGAUGGCCCACAUUCGCUAGGGUGUGCGCUUCCCUCCCGGGGGUGCUGGGCCAUUCACAAGCCAAGGCCUGGUAUAAGACUGGAUUCUUCUGGUCUCAGCACAUCCCCCUCCCAUCCCCUAGCCCGGUCCGGGGUUGGGAGCCAAAGGGUGACAAUGGGGCUGACCACCAGGGUGUCCCAUGGAGAGGAUACACUGGCAUCAGCUGUUGCCUUUGUGCCUCUUCAUUAUGAUCUCCUUAGGGACCCACACGACCCUAUUCAUACUGUCCAUUGGAUGGGUGUUGGGGUUUGUCUGCUUUGGUGCUAGGGAGGAGCCUGUCCCUGAGGCUUGAGGGAUGGGUAUCCCCAGUUAGAAAUCUGUUUCUCUGGGCCAAGCAACAGAGCCCAGCCACAGCUGAGAGAGAGAGAGAGAGAGAAAGCAUUAGAAAGAGUGUGGAUCCAUGUGCCUACUGAAGAGGCAGGCAGAGAAUCUUAGAACUCAGAAGGCUAGUCCCAGUGGACUCUGGAGGACCCUUUCUCCCUUUGAUUGCAUCUGGGACCUAGGAAAAUGAAAGGACUUCCCCAGGGUCCUAGUGUGCAGAAAGUGAGAUUUAGUUUGGGGGUUAGCAGAGGGGGUGGGUGUUGUUCUUUGGGGUGGCAGGGUUGGAGUCUUUCCUGGGUUCAGAGGCCUUGUAAGACCUUGGGAUUCCCUCAGGAGGGGCCUGGAGCCUGCUAAGAAGCCAGCUGCUUUGGCUCUUCCACCUUCACAACCCCUCCCCACAGCCUCUUCCUGGAAACCUCAGGCUACACCCUAGCCCUGCAAUGGGCCCCGUGCCUUGUCUGCUUUCUCUUGCCAAAAAGCUGCAGCUUUGACUCUUAACUGCACAGGGAGAACUCUCGGGAAAGCAGCAGGGUUGGGGCUGGGUUACAGACUGUAUUUGGCAGGCAGAGAAGCAAUAGAUGCCUCCACAAGGUUCCCAGGGCUCUUGCUAGUAGCAGGGGCUCCCCAUUCUGUCAAGGCAUGUACCAACCCAGCCCUCCACCCAGAGGUUGGACGGGGGUCUUUGGUCAUCAUCUCGUCUCAGUCCCCGCCUUGUAGGUGCUGGCAGGCUCUCCUCCCAUAUUUGCUGCCUAUAAAUAGGGAGAAGCCCACUAUCCCAUCCUAUUACAAAGGAGUCUGCAUCUGCAGAACAUCUCCAGUGGAGAUAGUGGACGUGGUGGGCAUCGUGCUGUCCCUGAUGCUCUGAGCCCUCCAGUGGUGGGCUCCCAUGGAGUUGGAAACAUCUCUGUGCCACCCCUGUGCAGCUUCUGAGCCCCCCCUCCUUCCCUCACAGUCAGCUAGAGCUGCUAGACCGGGAGGCAGGAGCAAUCUUACUCAAGCCUUCUACCUCUCUGGCCACCCCUCACUCUUCUCUUGCCCCUUUCCUCUUAAAGGAAAACAAAACCAAAAAUCCAGUUGGUUUUCUAUCUCCUUUAUUUCUGAAGAUGCUCUUCCCUCUACCUCCUCCUCAGAGAGCCAUCUGCUGAAUGAACGUCCAAAUGUUCUAGAUGGCUAAUAUCUGUCUCCAGACAAAUGUUAAGUACUGGGGACAGUAAUAGAAGUAAGCCACCCCAUGCUUUCAGGAGGCUUAGAUUCUGAUGGCUGGAGAGCCAGCCCAUGGAACAAAGAUACCAAAGGCAGUUUAGCCUUCUGUCGAGUCAGUCCGUCAGCUAAGCCUGAUGCUUUGGCCAGUGUUCCAACAGCUCAACUUGCUUGCCUACUAGAGUUCCACUCACUGCUAAUGGUGUAGAAAUUGUUCACUACUUUAAAAUGGUCUCACCUGCCACUACCUUCCCCCGUAGUGAAAUAGUUCUCAGGGCCUUCUCUUCCAUGGAGAGGGAAAGCACUGAGCCAGAAUCAAAAAUAAAGGAUUGUGAUUGAGAGGGUAGAAGACUGAAAGGAAGGUGGCAGAGGGCCCACCUGGACUUGCAAAAGGAUUGCCCAUAUACUCAGCAACAGGACGGGAAGCACCUUCCACAAGCACUUAAUUUUAGAAGUUUGAAUAAAUGCAAAUAAUGGAGGCUAGGGUAGGCAGUAGCAUGAGGAGGAUGAGGAGAGGCACCUCCUGGAUGCUGCUUGAGCCAGGCUUUGAAGACUGGGCAUUUUAAGGGGCUUCUGGAGGGAAGGGAAUGUACCCAGGUAUGGUGCACAGCCUAGGUAGAGGCAGAGAAAUGGGAGAUACUAUGUCCUCAAGUGUAUGAAGAGAAGUACUGUGGAAUACAUUCAGAUAGGUAAGCUAGAGCUAGGUUGUAAAGAGCUUUAAAUUCCCACAGUAUUAGUGUUCAAGCAGGGGCCAUGAACGUGGCUAGAACUGAGCAGCCAUAGGGCAGGGCUGUCUGGGGAUAGGCAUGGGGUGGUGGUGACGUUUGGGGGCUGGAGUCAAAGCCUUAGAGUGGAGAGGGCAAGCCACUUGCACAGCAGUUUGUCUGAAGAAGACAGAAGGGGGAUUCCACUAUACACUUAAAAUACAUGUAGCAGCACUUUUUGUGGGAGCAACAAAUGAAACAAGGAUGUCCAUCAACUGGGGAAUGGCCAAACAAAUUG